GGAAGAUAUUUAAAGACGACGGCGCCACGCGCAGAUCCCUAACGCGCGCCUCCCGCCGGGUGCCGGUCCUCCACCCAAGGCCCAGCCCCCUUUGCCUGUGUCCAUCACUGCGUGCGGAAGCGCCGCCAGCAUGUCUGACAAACUGCCCUACAAAGUCGCGGACAUUGGCCUGGCCGCCUGGGGACGCAAGGCCCUGGACAUUGCAGAGAACGAGAUGCCCGGCCUGAUGCGCAUGCGGGAGAUGUACUCAGCCUCCAAGCCACUGAAGGGUGCCCGCAUUGCCGGGUGCCUGCACAUGACCGUAGAAACUGCUGUCCUCAUUGAGACUCUCGUUGCCCUAGGUGCAGAGGUGCGGUGGGCCAGCUGUAACAUCUUCUCCACUCAGGACCAUGCAGCAGCUGCCAUUGCCAAGGCUGGCAUUCCAGUGUUUGCCUGGAAGGGUGAAACUGACGAAGAGUACCUGUGGUGCAUCGAGCAGACGCUGUACUUCAAGGAUGGGCCCCUCAACAUGAUUCUGGACGACGGUGGUGACCUCACCAACCUCAUCCACACCAAGUACCCACAGCUUCUGUCGGGCAUCCGAGGCAUCUCUGAGGAGACCACAACGGGGGUCCACAAUCUAUAUAAGAUGAUGGCCAAUGGGAUACUGAAGGUUCCGGCCAUCAAUGUCAAUGAUUCUGUCACCAAGAGCAAAUUUGACAACCUCUAUGGCUGCCGGGAGUCCCUCAUAGAUGGCAUCAAACGGGCCACAGAUGUGAUGAUUGCAGGCAAAGUGGCAGUGGUAGCAGGCUAUGGUGAUGUGGGCAAGGGCUGUGCCCAGGCCCUGAGAGGCUUUGGGGCUCGCGUCAUCAUUACUGAGAUUGACCCCAUCAAUGCACUGCAGGCUGCCAUGGAAGGGUUUGAGGUGACCACCAUGGAUGAGGCCUGCAAGGAGGGCAACAUCUUUGUCACUACCACAGGCUGUGUGGACAUCAUCCUUGGCCGGCACUUUGAGCAGAUGAAAGAUGAUGCCAUCGUGUGUAACAUCGGGCACUUUGAUGUGGAGAUUGACGUGAAGUGGCUCAACGAGAAUGCUGUGGAGAAGGUGAACAUCAAGCCCCAGGUGGACCGCUACUGGCUGAAGAAUGGGCGCCGCAUCAUCCUGCUUGCUGAGGGCCGGCUGGUCAACCUGGGUUGUGCCAUGGGCCACCCUAGCUUUGUGAUGAGCAACUCCUUCACCAACCAGGUGCUGGCACAGAUUGAGCUGUGGACCCACUCAGACAAGUACCCCGUUGGGGUUCACUUCCUGCCCAAGAAGCUGGAUGAGGCAGUGGCUGAAGCCCACCUGGGCAAACUUAAUGUGAAGCUGACCAAGCUGACUGAAAAGCAGGCUCAGUACCUGGGCAUGUCCCGUGAUGGCCCCUUCAAACCUGAUCACUACCGCUACUGAGCCAGGACCGCCUGUCACCUUCAAGCUAUUAUUCCUUGUCCAGGUCCCACUUCUCCAAGAACAAAUGGCACCAACUUUGCAAUUACUUUGUCAAUGUCCCCCAUCAUUUUUCUGGGGCUGGGCACUCAGUCUUUGGCCUCUGCUGCAUCCCUCACUGGUCCAAGUGUGGCAAGGGAAAUUGAGAGACCCUGGUCAAGAUGCACAUACAGGGAAUAUAUCCACAGGGAACCUUGAGCUCAGGGGUGUUGGAACUGCUCAUUAGUCAGUGCUUUCUUAGACUGGAAGUUGGUAGUGGUGGUCACAAAGCCCAUGCACUUUAGACAGGCCCUCACCUGGUCUGAGGAGUAAGAUCUGUGUGCUUGGUUUAUCAGUUCACUGGUUUUUCAGCCUAUGACAGAUAAAAAGGAGCUAUAUCAAAGGACAAAGAAGAACUAUGGAGUUUGAAUGUUCCUGAGAGCUUCUUUACUUCCUGCUGGACCUUCUCAAACCUCAGAACUCCUUUUUCACAGGGGUUAGAAUAGACUGUUAAUAGACAGCCAAGAAAGGACAAGAGAAGUGACAGCCAGAGGUUGAGAGAAGCCAGAAAAACAUAAACAGGCAUAAACCUGCCCCCACUUUGUAAUGUGAUAGUUCCUUCCACAACCCUGGGUCAAAAAAAGAUUAAUUUUGGUUUAUGAUGUUUAUAUAUUAUUUAGAAUGUUAAAAGAAAGCAGGAAGGUAAAUAAAAUUUUGGUGCCUAAAAGAAUUUUGAGCCUUUAUAAUACACAUAAUCUGCCAGUGCUAUAGUACUUGAACUAGAGGUUUUAAUCAUUGUACUGGUGAAGCAUUGAGAAGACAGGGGUUGUCUCUGUGAGAUGGUAAGGGCUGCUGGUAGGUCCUUAGACUUGGAAGGAUUAGUAGAAAGGGGACUCUUUUUUUCAGGGAACUCUAUCUUUUCAGAUAUGUCUUCUAAAUAACCUGUUUCUAAAACCAAAUCAGAUUGUCAUUUAAUUGGUGAAUUUAACCCAUUUAUAAUUAUUGUAAUCCCUGUUUGUAUUUUCCUUUAUAUGUGUGUGUGUGUUCCUAUUUGUAUUUUUUUCCUCCCCAUUUCCACUUUUCUUUGGAUUGCCCCAAUGUACCUUAAGGGGACUAUUACUGAUUGAUCACUAGUGUGCAGGGGCUCUAUAAUUUAUUUACUCUUUUUUCACAACAAUCUUUGUAAUAUUUUUAGCUAAUUUUGUAGAUGAGAAUAGAGAUUUUCCUAACACCUUUCCACUCCCAAAGGUCUCAUCAUAAUUUAAAUCACAGGAAGGUGGGUGGGGAAUUGGGUUCCUCCUCUUUGCCUAAAUGAUCACUUACUGGUUCUUGGAAAUCAAAUACAAGUAAGAACACACCUAGGAAGAGUAACCAAACUGUUGAAAGGGCCAUCCACUAAAUGGGAAGCCUCAUGGAGCGGCUGGGAUGUUUAAGUGAACCCCACUAGCUGGAAUAACAUCAUGGUAGCUUUGUCAUCUCUUGGCAUUUCCCCUUUUCUGCCCAGCUUUAGAAUUCAGUGCCUGGCAGCAAUAGGAGAAAGGCAUCAGGGAGGAAGUGGUGCUUGAGUAGAUUUUGAAAGAACUUGAAGAUUUUAACAGAAAUUGAAGUCAAGGGUGUUCUAAGCAGCAGAGCAGCUUAAGAACUGAGUGGAGAUAUAAGGAGGGCAAGAGUUGUAGACGUGAGCUGAAUAAACAAGGGACUGUGAGGCACCAGAGGUUAAGGCUGACUGUUUGCCAUCAAGCUUUCCAUUUUAAGUGCACAGCCCUAUUCUUGACACUCCGUUGCCUGUAUUUGGCAUUUUAACUCUACCUCUUCUGUUUGAGGGCAAAUGCAUCUGAGGGCCAAGAAGGGUCUUGUUUGCUGUUUGUUUUGUUUUUGCAGUACUGGGAAUUGAACU